AGCUUUAAAAGGGUUACGUGUCAGAUCAAUUUUAUAGAUUUCUCUCUCUCUCUCUAUUUCUCUGAAUCUCUAUUUCUCUCUCUAUCUCUCUUUCUAUUUCUCUCACGCUCUCAAUUUCAUAAUUAAAUCCUCUAAAAUUAACUCUCUCUAUAAUUCUUUUAACUAAAUUUCGACAUAUUUUUUUUAUUUACAUAAUAAUAGACAUAAAAUCCAGUGUUUUAAAGCCAAUUUUUAAACUCUCUCAAAAUUCUUAUUAUGUAAUUUAUUUUGUUUUUAUAUUAGUUUCCUUUAAAAUAACAAAAUUGGGUUGAGAAUUCAUAUUUUUAAUUUUUUUUUAAAUUUCCGUUAUUCGGUUAAUAUUCAGCUCGCUGUCCCCACAUCCGCAAAAGGUAUUCUGAAACAAAGCAUGUUUUUACUCCAUUCAACUCCUUUCUCCCACUCUCCCUUAAUUUCCCUUAGGUUAUCCCUUAAUUAUCUCUCCUUAUCCUCUCCUAUGUAUUAUUCCUCUCCCUUUAUCCCUCUCGCUAUUAAAUUUUUUCUGGAAAACAAGACUUAUUUAUUUUGUAGCAAAUUUCAAGGGCUUUCGAAUAAACUACUUUGUGCUGACUGUAUACUCUUUCUGCUUCAACAGAAAUCCUCACACAAUCAUUUGAUAACUUGA